CACAUGCAAUUUCUUUGGAUGCAAGUAUAUACUUUGAUGGAUAAGAUGAAAAACGUACGGAAAUGAUAAUGACAAUGAUAAUAUUUGGAUGUACAUGUACAUGUACCUGAACGGGAAAAGUAAUCUUCAAGCUUAUGAUGACUUGAGUGAAGAAAAUUAGUCGCAAACCCUCAUUAUAAAUCAAAUGGUUAAGAAUUGAGAGACGUAGCACCUAACCUUCUCUCGCUCCUCUUUUAAUACUCCUUUCUCUCUUUCUGAGUAUGUUUCAAGUAUCUUCUUGAAACAGCAAAAUAAAAAGAGAGGGAGAGAGAAAGGAGAGCUCUAAUAGAUACAAUGAUGAAGAAGAUGAAGUUGAUGAUGAUGCUAAGGAGAUGCAAGAGCGUUUCCACACAAUUGGGACGUUCAUUUUCUUACACAAGUCUCAGAUCCCAAUCGGCCAGGAGAGAUAACCAAGACCAUCUCCAUGACGUCGACCAAGGCCCUACACCGUCCUUGUACCAGACAGUGUUGGUUGGACGUACGGAGAAACCUUACUUGAUCAGUAAGCAACACCUGAAGCACCCUCUGCUCAACGCUCUCGUAGAGAAGCAACAGAGAUAUGAAGAAGACGAUAAUGAAGAUGGAAGUUGUAUAAUCACUGUGAAAUGUGAGGUCGUUUUGUUCGACCAUCUUCUGUGGAUGCUCGAAAACGGAGACCAGAGUCACAUAUUGGAGUCUCUAGAUGACUUUGCCCAUCUCUAUCUCUCACCUUGAUUUGGAGGUGACAGGUUAGUGACUUCUGUUGGUGAAAUAACAAGACAUCUUACCAAAGUGUGUUGUUUAUACGUUUUUUCUGUGCGUCAUAUAUCCAAAUUAUGGCACAUACUCGUCGUACAAACCAAUAAAACCAUUACUUUGGCAAGUUUCCAAAACAAUAAAGAUUUUGAUAACGAACU